AUGGCCUAUGAGACAGAGGAUCACGAGACUCAAUACUGCUUUCCUGGAAUCAACUCAUCAUGUACCAAGGGAAAACGCUCCAGACAUGAAUACAAUGUUUUAUAUGUGUUUUUCUCAUUGCUGUCAGCACUAACUGUGUUUCUGAAUCUGCUGGUGAUCAUCUCAAUCUCUCACUUCAAGAAACUUCACACUCCAACCAACCUGGUCAUUCUCUCUCUGGCUGUUUCCGACAUGCUUAUUGGACUUAUUGUCAUACCUAUAGAGGCCAUCAAGUUGAUUGAGACUUGCUGGUACUUCAGAGACACUUUCUGUAGACUGUUUAUGUUAAUCAUGGGACUGCUCCUCUCAACGUCUCUAAGUAAUUUAGUUUUAAUAGCCAUUGAUCGUUUUGUGGCUGUGUGUCACCCUUUACAGUACCCACAGAAAAUAUCCAUUACUAGAAUGUUAAUUGUUAUCUGUCUUUGCUGGUUUUUUUCUUUGGCUUAUAAUAUUGCAAUUGCAAUAAGUUUCUCACACAGAGCAGAUGUGUGUUAUGGUUCAGUAAGGAGGAAAUCUGAGAGCAAAGCUGCUCUGACAUUAGGAAUCAAUGUGGCAGUUCAUCUGCUUUGCUGGAUUCCAUACUAUAUCUUGACUCUAACUGAAAACACAGCAAUCCCACCCAACAUACUCUAUUGUCUAGUAUGGCUCUUAUAUGUUAACUCAUGUCUGAAUCCUCUUAUCUAUGCUUUAUUUUACCCCUGGUUUAGAAAAUCAAUUAAAUACAUCUUAACUUUUAGAAUAUUUCAGCCAGCAUCCUCUCGGGUCGAUAUUUUUACAAAUUAUCAUUCAUGA